AUGGCUACAGCUUCUAAUCCUACUGCUCCUCCGACUACUCAUUCGCCGCGGAGUGCUGACUCCGCCGCCAUUAAUAGUCCGCGAUCCCGGAGGUCUGAGGCGGCGCGUGGUGUUCCAUCGCCGUGGACUCAGAUUGUUCGCGGUGGCGAUGCCGAACUGGUUAACUCUCCCACAGCUGCCUCCGGUGCUGCCGUUGCGGCUCCUUCUUCGCCUUCUUCACCUGGUGCUGUCCACGGACAAAUCGUGAACUUUUCUUCUGAUUUGUCGCCUUCGAAAUCGGCAACAGUUGCUGCUUCGUCUUUUGUUUCGCCGGAGGAUACCGCUGCUGAGUCUCAGCCGGAAGGACCCGAUAACAGCAGUGGCAGUGGCAAUGCGGCUAAGAAGCCGGCUUGGAACAAGCCGUCGAAUGGUGCUGUGGAAGCCAGUCCGGUUAUGGGAGCUGUGUCUUGGCCACCUCUCUCGGAGUCCACUAAGGCUUCUCCGAAAUCCUCUUCGACCGAUUCAUUGAAAGCUCUAUCUGAUGGAUCGGUUUCUUUAUUACAGGGAAGUGAAAUAGCAUCAUCUUCUUCACACAAACAAGUAAAUAAUCCAAACCCUAGUUCAACUCCAAACCAUGUGGGGCCCACACGCCAGAAGUCUAUGAAGCGUGGCAGUGGAGGUUCAAACAAUAAUGUAUUAGCUAAUGGUGUCUUUCCUCAGCCACCACCACCUCAAGGUCCAGUGGUGGAAGGCCCUCCUAGUAACUUCGGAAAAUCUGGUAGUGAGCAUACAAACAAGGAGACUGGACAAAAGGGAGGUUUUGGGUCACAAUCACAUGGUGGGAAUGAUCACCAUCAACCGCAACAGCAGCGUAAUUCGUAUAGGAGGGGAAAUGGCGGCCCACACCAUGGUUCUUACCAACAUGGAUAUGGGGGGCGACGUGAUCAGGAUCGUGGGAAUCAGGAUUGGAAUCCUCCGCGAAAUUUUAGCGGCAGAGACACCCACAUGCAGCCGCAGAGAGGUUUUCCUAGGGGCUUUAUACAACCCCCUCCUCAUACUACUGCAACUUUUAUACCUCCCCCACCUCUGCCGGUUCGGCCAUUUGUCAGCCCUAUGGUGUAUCCUGAUGUGGGAUCUCCUUUCUUUUAUGUUGGUCAUCCGGAGUCCCUUAGAGGUGUGCCAUUUGUUCCGCCACUGCCGCCUAUGUUCUUCCAUGUUCCGGAUCCCCAGUUGCAUUCUAAGAUAGUAAAUCAGAUAGAGUAUUAUUUCAGCAGUGACAAUUUAAUUAAAGAUACAUUCUUGCGGGAAAACAUGGAUGAUCAAGGCUGGGUUCCAAUUAAAUUAAUAGCAGGCUUCAAGAAAAAUUCUUCAGCCUUGACAAUGUUACAAGAUAUCCGGGAGUAUAGAAGGUAUGAUUGGGAAGAGUGGAAUCCUUGCUGA